AACAGGAAGUGGACAAACGUUUGUUUUCAUCACCCACAAAAAAAUGGGGGCCGCGCUGGAUGUGCCCGCGCAGUGUCCCUUGUGCAACGAGCUGACCCGGGACCCGGUCACCCUGAAGUGCCACCACCGCUUCUGCUCACGGUGCAUCGGAGACUUGUGGAGCAUCGCUCCGAACGGGCCGUACCAUUGUCCAGAGUUCCGGUGUAAAACUGUGUACCAGACUCUGCCGUUCGAUCGCAGCUUCGUGCAGCUGCAGUCCGGCUCGAAACCAUGGCCUGAGCCUAACAGCAGCAGCAGCGCAGCCACAUCCAAUAAUCAUGCACGAAACAAAUUUGACUCUGCAUUGAGGAGGCCCUCACUCACCAGCCGACUCCUGGGGAAGAGAAAGGCCGGCGCUCCUGCAUCUGAGCCACCUGAUACCAAGCGAUCAACUGUGUCCUCCCCCUGUGAGCAGUCCAAUUCCACUGAGACACCCACAACUUCCUUUUCACAUAAAUUUGCGCGGUCAUCCAAUGUGGAGACAUCCAAGGAAGAGGUGCACCCAGAAUCUUCACAGUCUGAGCAUAAUAAUGCUCCAUCCUCCGGUAAAAGGUCUGGCAGCGAGGCAGUACCUGGGAGUAACAUGCCACAAGUCAUCUCGAACCAGCAGAGCCAAUGUAAUUCAGAAGUCAUCACAGUCAACGAGACCGACAGCUCAGAUGAAGUUGAUAUAUGUGAGGCACCUCUUCUUGCAACCCCCAGGAAAAAGAAACAAGUGACAGGACUUCAUGCAUCACCAAGGAAACCUGCCUCACCUGCCAAUUCUGAUUGCUCUCCUGGAGUCUCGCACACAGAUAAGGGCAAGUCUCCUGAUCAUCCUGCCAAGCCACCUCUGCUGUUCACCAAACAUUCUACUGCUUCAGGAUCUUCAAGUCACAAGGACAUCUUUUCCAUGACAGAGAACAAAAAUACCAGCCCUGUGCCCUGCCAUUAUUGUCCGAAGAUGGGGUAUCAGUCUGCUGUGAAGACCUGUUUGGUGUGCGGAGCUUCCAUGUGUAAAGAGCACCUACGUCCACAUCUGGACUCUCCUGUGUUUCAGAGUCACACACUGGUUCCUCCCGUGGAGGACAUUUCUCCCUGGAGGUGCCAGGAGCACCAUGAGAUGAACAGGAUCUACUGUCGGCAGUGUGAAGUGUGUGUGUGCACGGUGUGUACUGUCAUAGGAUCUCACCGUGGCCAUGUCUGCAUCAGCAUCAGGGAGGCAGAGAGCGAGCUCAGGGGGAACCUGAAAGAAGAGAUCAAACAACUGCAAAAUGCUGAACAGCAAGUGAUGAGCAGAGUCACUGAACUUACAGAGAAGAAAGAGACUUCCAGAGUGGCUUUAAGUGAAGCACGAGAAGGAGUGCAACAGCAGUAUGGAGCCAUCAGAGAGGUCCUGGAGCAGGAGGAGCAAUCGGCUCUUCAGUGUGUGAUGAAGGAGGAGAGCAGGGUGGUGGGCGGGCUAGAGGAGAAACUCGGCCAGCUCCAAAGCUCCCUGCUAUCCAUCCAACAAGGUCUCCACACCCUGGAGGGGCUGGCCGAUAGCAAGGGAGACAAACGCAUUCAGGACCAGGCCUUCAUUAUGGAGUACAGCAAGGUGGCCCAGCUUGCUAAUGACACGGCUGGUUGUGUGGAGCAAUUCGAGGUUCCAGAGGAGGUGGAUCGAGCCCGGCUGAAAUGUUUGCAGCGCUGGACAGAGAAGCGUCUUGACACACUCGCCAUCACUGAACCUGGCAAAGACCGAGACCUGUACAGACUUCUCUAUGGAACCAUUCCAAUCUUGGACUCAGAUACAGCCCAUUCAAAGUUGCAGCUAUCUGAGAACAACAGGAGAGCGAUCUACACCGAGACUCAGCAGCUCUACACUGAGCACGAAGCUCGCUUCAGCUGUUUCCCACAAGUGCUGGCCUCCUGUGCCAUGGACAGUGGGCGCUGGUACUGGGAGGUGAACGUGUCUGUGGAUGACGGCCGAUGGAAGGUGGGUGUGUGUGAGGGACAGAUAGAGAGGAAGGGCCAAAAGGACAGCUCACGUCUUGGCUUCAACGUUUACUCCUGGUGCAUCGCCUGUGACAAGAAGAAGGUAGAAGCUCAGCAUAACAAAGUGUCUGUUCCUGUGGCUGUGGACAGGCUGAACCGGGUGGGAGUGUUCCUCGACUUUGAAGAAGGCAUUUUAUCAUUUUUUAAUGUGACACCAGGGGGCAGUCUAGCACUGAUGUAUUCCUACAAGCACAGCUUUUCUGAUCCCCUUUACCCGGCCUUUUCUGUGUCAAAAACACAGCUGGCCGUCUGUGAUCUGUUCCACACAUAAUCUGUCAAACCCUGACAUUUCAGUUCUGCUGUAAAUUUGCAGAAUACUCUUUUUGUACGUAGAAAAUUUUAUUCAUUAAAAAUGUGAUGGUUUGCAAAAAUCUCGGGCACAUCAUGCCACACUGUAAAUAAUGCUAUGCUUUUGCAAAAAUAUGAUUGAAUGUCAUUUGUAUGAUAAUGGAAAUGCUAUCCGCUAUAUAUUAUACACAGUACAUUCCAAAAGCUGUUUUUUAAUCAGGAUUUUAAAAUUUCUUUUCUGUGUCCAUCUGCGAAGAAAUGACAGUGUUUUUACAUGAUGGUAUCAAAUCAAUGUCUUGAAUCUUUUAUCCUCCGAGCCUUUUUUUCCCCCACAAAUAAAUAGUCUACGUUUCUAGAACAAGUGCAUUCUAUUUUUUAUAGUUUAUAUUUAAAUAGACGUAUAGAGUUGUAUGCGUAUGAAUGGGUGGUGUGUUUUCUCCACAGAGGGUGCCGGUUGACAUUUUAACCAAACUCUCACUGCCUUCACCACAUGUGAGCUUUACUGAUGAUAAACACUGCCUCAGGGACGAACUCCUUAGAGCGUUACAAAUUGCUCAAGUCAAUACAUUGUCCUGUUUCUCUGUAGGCUCUGAGAUUCAUUUGUUCUGACUGAAGGUGUGUGUUUGUGCUUGAAGUCAUGUCGAGGGAUCAGCUCCUUCUGGAGUCCUGUUAAAGCAAAAGCGUGCCAGUGGUUUAGGGACAGCUGGCCACGGAUCAAGGUUGAUCCACACAUGUUGACUAAGAAACAAAAGCUUCAGGAUCUACAGUAUGAAAUGAACUACUGAAAGUCUUAAAUAAGCUUGUGCACAAUCAUUCAGAGUGAACUGAUCUUUGUACAGACAAAGCUCCAGUUGGUUAUAUUUUGUUGCUUAAUGCCUUGUUUUGAUAAAAUAAAAUAAAAAAAUCUUCCUCCUGUGA